AUGCAGAGACUUACCCAAGCAGAACGCAACAGAGCUAUCGGUAUGGCCGAUAUCGGGGCCUCUCAACGGCAGAUUGCAAGAACCUUCAACUGCAGUCAAGCCGCCAUCAGCAACUUGUUGAGCCGUUACCAGCAGAGAGACCAGGCACAAGACCGUGCAAGAUCGGGAAGACCAAGGAUCACAACGCCAGAUGAAGACCGCUACAUCCGGACAAUCCACCUGCAGAACCGAUUCGUGACGGCGAUGUCAACGCCUACGACGGCACUGGGACACCCCAUCAGCAGACGAACAGUCUUACGACGACUCCGAAGGGCUGGUAUCAGAGCUUUCUGCCCCUUCCGUGGAAUGGCUUUGACCCCUCUAAACCGUCAACGCAGAUUGCAGUGGGCACGAACUGUACGUCGGUGGCAGCGGCGUGAUUGGGAAAGGGUGCUGUUCACGGAUGAAAGUCGCUUCAACAUGUUCCGAAAUGAUGGCCGAUUCGUGUUUAUCGACGUAGGGGAGAGCGACUGGCGCCCAACUGCAUCCAAGAUGUGCACCCUUUUGGUGGAGGCGGCGUCAUGGCAUGGGGCGGUAUUUGUGGUCAACGGACAACAAGGCUUCUCAUCAUUCGUGGAAAUCUGA